GGCUGACCCGUCCCGCUGGGCGGUACCGGGGAGCACUGGGGCUUUGCUCAGGGACCCAUUGGCAGUCUGUGGGAAUCAAACCGGGGAACUUGCAGCCCAGGAUCAAAGAAGAGCCGGAACCAGAACUGGGUUCUGUUCUGGAAGGUAAUCUAACAACCAGCUGCAGUUCUGCGGGCGUCCAGCAGGUGGCAGCACAGGCAAAGAGACGCGUCCUGCUGGGCUCCGCGUCUGAAACAAGAAGCGUCCUCAGACACAGGAGCCAUGCAGACGCGAGCAGACGCAGACGCAGAGCCACGCUGCAGGAUGGAUCUUAAAUCUCAUCACAAUGUCUCUGACGUCCCUGAGGGCGGAGCUAUCAAGAGUCACAACCAAUCAGAAUGCAUCUCAGACCAACCAAAAGCCAAUGGGACACUUCUGCAUCACUGCACAGCCGAUCAGGCUCCGCCCCCUCUCUCUGAUAGGCUGAGAGAGGCCACCAGCAGCGAUGAAUCUUUGGCAGAAAGCUUUUCCACCAAAGACAUCUCUCGACUUCUUCCAGCCCCCCACAAACAGAAAGGUGAGGUCCGGUCACCAGAGUCCCCUCCUCCUGUCUGCUGUCCUCCAUCGUCCUCCUCCACGUCUCGUCCUUCGCGAUCAUCCACCUGUAACAGAGCUCAUAAUCUGAGCUCCAGAGAGAAGCGCUUAUCGUCAACAAAAAGCCACGCCUCUCUAAAGACGGACGCCGCCCACAUCAAGGAGGUAGCUGGGAAUGACUGCUGCGUCCACUGCCUGCUGGCCUGCCUCUUCUGUGAGCUGCUGUCCAUGUGCUCGGCGCUGGGCGAGUGUCUGGCCUGCGGAGUGGGCGGAGCCUGCGGAGUGGGCGGAGCCGGCUGCUGUGACGCCUCGGCGUGCUGCUGCCUGGAGGCGGCGGGGGAGGCCGCCUGUACCGAGGAGGCGUGCCAGGCACUGUUGGAUUGUGGGAUGUUGGAGAACUGCUGCGCUUCAUCUGACUGCCUGGAGAUCUGCUUGGAGUGCUGCUCCAUCGUUUUCCCUUCAUAGGGCAGCCAAUCAGAGGAGGACUAUGAGAUGAUGUCACAGCACGUUCGCUCCUGGGCAUUAGCCGACCCGAACGGUUCCGGUCCUGCUUGGUUCUACCGUCUACACUAAAGGACAAUUCUGUUCAGUGUUCCUCUGACACAGCAGACUAUAGAGAUAAAUAUUUAUGUGAAAAAGGUGAAUUAAUAUUGUAAAUAAACAGAAGAAAGACGUUUUCAUCAUU